AUUCGUGGCUAUAAAAGAAAGACCAUUACCGAACAGCAACAACAACACGAACAAAACUCCUCUGCCAUCAUAUUAUCUUGGUUGCCGUUUUGUAAAUGCCAAUCAAACUGAAUCCAAAUUGGUUAAAUUCAACAUCCUGUCAUCCGCCAUUCCGCCAGGACAGGAUAUCGACAUCCACAUCGACAUCGACAAUUUGACUUUGCCAUUAAAGGAUAAAUCAGCCAAAAAACAAUAACAAUGUACCAUGGAGGCUUGUUUAGGUUUAGGCAGAAAUCAACGUUCAAACAAAUCGCAAAAAGAUUUGAAAUUACAGCAACAACAACAACAACAAAAGGAGCAAUCAUCCACAGGACUUCAUCAUCAAUUCAAUCAGCAUCAUCAUGCGCAGAAAUUGCAGCAGCCGGUCACAAAUCAGAAUUAUUAUACGACCCAACAACAGCAGCAGCAACCACAACAACAAAGACAACAACUAAUUGCAAGGAGUCAGCAGCAACAGCAGCAACAACAACAGCAGCAACACCACCAACAAUUGACGGGGUCCACAAAUGUAGGAAGUGGUGGUGGCGUCAGUGGCGGAGCAGGGGGUAUUGCUACUGGGGAUGUGAAACAAAAACAACCACAAACACCACAUCACCAUCAUCCGCAUCAUCAACAGCAGCAGCAGCAACAACAACAUCAUCAUUUGGAACAGCAGCACCAGCAGCACCACCACCAACAUAUACAACAUGGUCACAAUGUAAGGCCAAAUAUUUCAAAGGCAACGUCAGUUGCAGCUCCAACAUCCGCACCAGCAACAACAGUUAGAACAAUGCCAAAAUACAAAAAUACCCCUUCAUCCCCGCCAUUCGAAGACUUUGGUCCACCGCCCACCAGUACAAUACAGGUGGAUGUGACCACGACCCUUCCCUCCAGUACAAGUCCCACCGCAAAUGUCAUUAGUACCAGUUCAGCGGUGGCCAAUAAAAGUUGUCGAAAAAUUAACACCAGACAUGGCCAGCAACAGCAGCAUCACCACCACCAUCAUCAGCUACAACAACAACAGCAGCAACAACAGCAACACCUUCAUCAGCAGUAUCAAUCAACAAUGCCAGCCGAUUUAGAUGCCAUCGAAAUUUGUGCGGAACCCGAGCCACCUCUGGUCACCGCUUUUAAGGGCACAGCAGCCGGUGGCAUGGUGCGUCAUACGAAAACCUUGGGACGUCUCAAUCAGACCCAUAGCAUGGAGGAGCAGUGGUCGAAUAUACCCCAGACAACAUCCAUGCAGCUGCUGCAACUGCAGCAGCAUCAACAGCAGCAGCAACAACAGCAACAUCAUGAUUAUUCUUAUGCCUAUUAUGAGCCAGGAGCUGCUAUGCGUCACACAAACAUACCCAGCUCCCAGGCCAUUGCAGACGAUGAGGAUCUAACACCAGCACCACCCAAUUCCAUCAGAGCCCUGCUGUCCAAGGGCAAAAAGAACAAACUGCUGGUCUCUCCCGCCACAAGGCAAUCAUAUCAAGUCCGUCUCACCCAGCAACACCAAAAGCAAUUUCCCGCUCAAUCUGGAGCAACGGCGGCGGCGACUACGGCUGGAUCAGUCACACCGGCCUGUGCUGCCACAGCCUCGGGAGCCAUUGGAGGAUCUAGCAACAUUUCAACACCGGAAAAUUUCUAUGAAGAAAUCUCUGCCUCCUCCACUUCAUCCUCCUCGAACUCCAUGACCAGCCAUCGCCAAUUACGUUCCACUUCCCAUUCGGCUGGUUCGUUGACACAACAGCUGGUGGAAGAGGAAUUAAGAAGAGUACAAAAUAGACAUCAUAAAAUUUUAGGUGAGCUCAAUCUAUCGGUUGAGGCCAUGCUAAUGCCGGAAAGUCCACCCAAUACCAGUCCCACCGGUAGCAAUAGCAAUGCGAUAGCCACCACCAGUGGACCCAAAGAACCGCAACCCACAGCUCCCACAGUGAGUGUUACCUCGGCAUCGGGCCAACCGCUAAGACUCACCUCAUCAUCGGCUGAUAAUAUCUGUGAUCCUGUUCUUGUAGCUGCAACAGCACCGCCGGUGGUUCCACUUUCCAGCUCCGCAACAAUAGCUGCAGGCCUUCUUCAAACCGGCUGCAUGGUGGGAGCUGCUGAUCUGGACAGUGGCUUUAGCGGCAGCAGUGGUGCCAGCUACAUUGGUUCACUGCGACUUCACAAAACCAAUGCCUUGAUGAAUUCACGCACUGCCCAACAAACGGUAACGCCUGGCCCCGGUAGUGCCACACAAAAGUCUCUACACCAGCAACAAAGUGCCUUUGCCUAUGCCACACAAAGUUGUCGGUCCUUUCAGCGGGCCAAUACAUGCAUCGACACCAAUGCCUCGUCGCGUUCACACUCAUCGGCCAUAAAACACUUGCCUCAGGUGCAUUUGGCCGGCAAACACACACUGCCACAUGGUCAGCAUCAUGGCUAUUUGCCCGACACAGCCAGCGCAGCUCUGGGCAACGAUGAUGACGACGAUGCCGCCCUAAAUUCAUCGGGGUUUUUUACGCGUGCUGCCUGUGGUCGACGUAUUUUAAAUUGUGCCAAAAUAAGAGCGGCCGAAGAUCCCGGCCCAGUGGUUGUAGUUGAAUCGAAAGCUCGCAGUUUUUGGAAUCGCAAAGGAUGGCGUAAAUUUCCAGGCUUCUCGACAUCAACGUCCAGCAUAAAUGAUACGGGUUUAGCAACAGAUGAAUCGAAAUUAAAUUCCGGCUCAUGGGAGGAUCCAUUACCCACUGCCGUUACAGCGACGACCCACAAUAAUAACGCCAAUCAAAAUUUAUCACAAAGUGCCAAUAACGGCAAUACAACAACCACAGCACAACUUCAUAAUACCACAAAUAAUCCGAGACGUCCUGAUACGUUGGCAACAGGACGUAACGCUUUACAACCAUUAUUAAUACAGCCUCCACUGGCAGCAGGAAAAAAUCAACAGCAACACCAUCAUCACCCACAUCAACAACAACAACAUCAGCCAACAGGUCAACAAAAUAGUCAGCAACAACAUUCAACAAACACAACAACAAGUGCCAUAAGCCGCUGUGGAGAAGCGGCCUUAGAACAACAACAACACCACCAGCAACAGCAACUACAACAACAUCAGCAGCUCACUAUUCAGGGAGCUGCUGUUACCGGCAACACAAUAGCUGGCGGUAGUUUUAACGCCAACGGCGGAUCGACUGCCGUUGGUUGUGGCGGUGGUGCCCAAACAUCACCGAAUACCACCUCAGAUCAUUUGCUUGGCGGUGGUGGUGGCGACGCAGUGACCAGCGAAUUCCAAACUAUCUCACCUAUACCGCCACCACUUAACAGCUCUUCGGAAGACGAAGAGUUGAAUCACGAGGAAGAAAUAAACGGCAGCGUGACGUCAUCACUGAGUGCCACAAAUCAACGCAAUUCCCAAUUGCGUUCCACAUUCAAUCGGGCCAAACAGCAUCUGUCCUUUGACAAAUGGCGCUCAACAAAUUCACAAAAUUCACCGGCUGAUAAUAACAGCUGCAGUAGUAAUUCAACGAUAAGUAGCAACAGUAGCAGCGGCGGCGGCGGAGGAGGAACAUUGACGCGUCGUGCCAGUACAAGUUGUGCCACAAUGCCUACCGCCCAUCAGCCACCCAGAGAGGAUAUAACAACGCCCGGUGAAUCGCCGGGUGGUCGUUUGUCGCGAUGGUUUUCGAUACGUCGCGGUUCGUCGCAUCAGUAUGAUGUGGGCGGUCGUGAUGGUCGACACUCGAACUCGUCCAGUAUUGAUAUACCCGAUUCGACAUGUGAUUCGAGCAUUGGAUCGCCACAGAAAAUUAACUCAACAAAUUCAGCGAAUACAUCAAAAUCUGCGUGUAAAAUGCCUGGGGUGCCAGAGAACGAUGAUGACGACAUGGCAUCAUUGACCACAUCGACCUCAAGAUUCGAUUUGGAUUUUAUGAUACCACCGGGCAGUCGUGCCAACGGCACUGCCCGCACCGCUCACCAGCGUUUGGUACAGCCCAUGCUACCACCAGCACCACCCGGCCUCUCUCAACAGCAGUUGAAACGUCGUCACAUAGUAUCGGCCAUUGUGCACAGUGAAAAUUCCUAUGUGGCCACCCUGCAACGUCUAGUCAACGAUUACAAAAAACCUCUGGAAGAAAGUAGUCCACCCGUUUUGAGUGCUACCAAAAUCAAUACCCUCUUUCAUCGCCUGCCCGAUAUUCUGCAAUCGCACCAACUGUUCCGCAUCGCCUUGGCGGAAUGUGUACGCAAUUGGGAUCGUGAUGAAAAACUGGGUGAUUGUUUUGUUAGCGCCUUCAGUAAGCCACGUAUCUUGGAGAUCUAUUCGGGUUUCAUUAACAAUUUCUCAGCUGCCAUGGAAUUAGCCAAAAUGGAGGAGAAACGCAAAUCAGCUCUGGCGGAUUUCUUCAAAGUGAAACAAAUCAGCGCUCACGAUCGUUUGAGUUUCUUCGGUUUGAUGGUGAAGCCGGUGCAACGUUUCCCCCAGUUCAUACUCUUUUUGCAGGAUCUACUCAAAUAUACACCCCAGGGCCAUCAUGAUCGUAUGUCGCUGCAAUUGGCCUUAACACAGUUGGAACUGCUGGCCGAAAUGCUGAACGAACGUAAACGUGAGGCCGAACAGUAUCAGGGUUUCAAAGAGAUGCUGGGUCACAUAAGUGGCACAUUCAAUACACGCUCUCUAACAACGACCGAAGGCAAUCGGCCACGCUAUUUACUCAGAGAGGAUAAUGUAACACAUAUGGAAUUUAAUCAGGCCGGUUUUAUAGUCAAAUCGAAACAGCGUCGCCUGCUGUUGCUGAACGAUAAAGUGAUUUGUGUUUCGGUGGCGCCCAAACAGUCGCAUGAUUUCGGUGCAACAGAGAAAUUGACAUUUAAAUGGAUGUAUCCGGUGACAGAUGUGGAAAUUGUUGAUAAUAGUACUUCCGCAACAUUGUCGAGAAUAUUAACUGCAGGUCUCAAUCGCGGUGGAAGUCUCAAAUCGAACAGCAGUUCAUGUAACAAUUAUCAAACCAAAACCCUACCUGCCAACACAUCAUCACCAUCCGCCACAAUGGCGGGCUAUCAGAAUCCCGCCUUCGACAAUUCACCCGCAGCUUUACUGACCAAUGGUGCUGACAACCUGUGCAACGAGAUGUCGACGCUCAUGUACGAUUAUGAGGUUGUGUCGCGUAUCAACGAUUUGGUUGGAACCCUUAAGGGUACAUACAAAGAGCUCAACACCAAUUUGACCCGUAAUCUCAUGAACUCCAUCCAAAGUUCGAUACAGCGUAAAAAUGAAGAAAUGGCCUGGGUUGACUCGUGCUGUCUUCAGCUGGUGGCCCGAUCCAAAAAUGGCAAAGAGGAGACAUUUACAUUCCAAACGGCAAAUCCUAAUGUGAAAAAGGAGUGGAUUACGGAAUUGCGUUUGGCCCAGUUGGCAUUGGAUGUGAACAACUCGCCAGCGUGGGAGACAACACCGGCUGAGCCGUGUGCCACCAGUACACCGGCGUAUGAGCAACAGCAAAUGCAGCUGGUGCAACGACAGUCGAAUAAAAUGCCAUUGUUUGUCAAAGCGAUGCCAAUACACAAGUCACAGCAUCAAACGGAGGUUCGCUGUGGAUGUUAUUAUAGCAUCGCCAAUGACCCCAAACUCAGUGGCAAUGCCCGACGCCGCCACAAGCAACAAAAUUAUCUCUGGAUCUGCACAACCAACACCACAUCUUCACAAAUCACCGUCUUCUCGCAGCAUCAUCAGCAGGCCGGUAAUCUGAGGGAUGUUAGCACUUUCGAAUUGGCUGAAACCCAAGUAACGGCAAUGGAAUAUGUCAAGGGCUUGGAGAUCUGCAAGACACGCGAGGAUGUAAGUAGCCUUUUGGGAGACCUCAUAUGGAUGGGCACCGACACCAAAAAGCUACUCAUUUAUACCGCCAAAAAUCCCGAACAGGAGGAACAACUGCAUUGCUGCAAUGUCCAAAGUGUCGUAAUGAAGAUACUCUAUCAUUUCGAUUCCGUUUAUGUGGCCCUAUCGAAUUCCACAAUUUUGAUAUAUCGUCGGGCCUACGAUGGCGUUUGGAUGCUCAAAGAUCCUCAGGUGGUGGUGAUGGGUGAUUCCGGUCUACCUGUGCCCAGUAUUUUGCCCAUCAAUAUGAAUAUAUAUGCAGCGUGUGCUAACCGUGUAUAUGUCCUGAAUGCUCUUAAUGGAGAGAUUCAAAGGAGCUUCGAAGUCCACCAUGGCUCGAAUCAGCAAGUGAAUCUAAUGGCUCAUUCGGGUAUUGGAUUAUGGAUAUCCUUGAAGAAUUCCACAAUGUUGUGUCUGUAUCACACUGAAACCUUCAAGCAUUUACAGGACAUCAAUAUUGCCUCAAGUGUGUUGCGCAGUGAUGGCAAGAAGGAGCACGCCGUCAAUAACAACGCCAUCUAUGUGACCGCUUUGAUGGCCUGCAAAGGUUUGCUGUGGGUAGGCACAAAUGUGGGUAUUGCAGUUACUAUACCACUGCCUCGAUUGGAGGGUGUACCGAUUAUCAGUGGCGGCAUCAGUAUGUCUUGUCAUGCCCACUUUGGACCUAUCACCUUCCUUUUGCCAUUGGUGCCCAAGUCGUAUCCCAGUUAUAAACCAAAUACCGCAAACGCUCAGACAUCACAAACAAUGCCAUUAGCCAUAAAUAUGCCUGCUGAGCCGUCGCCCCCUGCACCCAGCAUGGGUGAUGACUUGCAGUUGCCCGCCAUAGACGCUGAUCCCAAAAAGUUGACAGAAGCAGAACUGGAUGAUAGUGCAGUUAUUCUUAGACGUGACUUACCCAAAGAUGAGAAUGGUUCAGGUUCUGCUUCACCCUCAGCCUCUAUGCUGAGGGAGUUAAGUGUUGAAGCUGGAGGUGGAGCAGACUCGGCGGCUUCUUCACCACGCUGUUCCAAAUUGGAUAAACAAAACUCGUUGGAUCAAAGUUUUUCGGCCAAAAUACGUGCCUCCUUGGCAAACUCACCGGCUUUCCAUCGCAAACGUUUCCGUGACUUGUCCUCUGAAUCGGCACGCAUAUCUAAAACGUUGCCUAGAGGUCUGGGUUCAGCUGGUGCCUAUUUCCAGUCUGGCAUGAAUUCGAAUACUAGUACCCUAUCGCAUACGGAGCAUGGUUAUUGCGAUGUCUAUGACUUGUAUGCUAAAUUGAUCUACAUCAAAGAAGACUAUGAUGCUGAAGAAGGUACCCAAGGCAACCUUAUGGAUAUGAUGUAUGAGGGUAUGCGUCGCUCGGACCCCGAAUUGGCAGCCAUACCCGGACGUGUCACCACUUUGGAUAGACGUUUGCGCAUGAAAGCCUCACGACCCAGAUCUUUGGAUUUGUCCAAUUGGUCAGUGGAUUCUAAGUCAUCAAGUUUGUACACCUCUUCGGGCAGUGAAGAGAGCAUGGGUAUACGUUUCUUUGGAGGCCGUUCGGUUUCACGCAACAGUUCCAGUGCAAGCCAUAAAACCUCGGGCAAUGGCAGUGAUUUGGGUAAUAUAUCGGAAAAUGGCCUCAUGACCGAUUUGCAUUAUACUCACAGUACACCAAAAUCAGAUGAUGGUUUCAAGCUGAUGCAACAACAAAAGCAACAAGCGUCCGGAGCUGGGGCUGCAACAGCUGGCGGUACCAGUACCACACCCCCACCAGCAGCAACAGCCACGUUGAAACGUAAACAAAAACAAAAUGCCAAGCAACAACAGCAGCAACAAGCCGAUGGACCUCGUACCAUUAUUACACUGACCGGUGGUCGGGGUUAUUGGCGUCAUGUCUGGUACAACAAUACCACUUCACCCGGCCAUAAAUCAUCGUCAUCAUCGGGUUCCCUCAGUUCGGGAGCCUCAUCGCCCCUCAUUGCCAACUCCAAUGAUGCCCACAUUGUCAUCUGGGAGAAAAAGUUAUAAUCUCCGGAGUAUGUGUGGCACAACAAGGCCACACCUCCAUAUUCAAUACCCAGCGGUAUGACAUAUGUCGCCGCUUCCAACACAUCUUCGUUAUAUUUACAACCGCCCAUGUCUUUGCAAACUACACCGGAACGCAGCCGCAGUCGUGUACGAUUUCGAGGUUCAUUCAUAAUUCGGGACCGUUCAACAUGCUGUUCAUCGCUGACCGGCUCACCAAAUCUGGGCAUGGUACCUGGUACCCCAACAAUGGGUGGAAGUUUUCGCAGAUUGGCCAAACUGAGACGUGGUGGCAGUUUAAAGGAAUUUUAAUGGUAAUAGGGCAUAGCGUUGUUAUAUGGAUAGGUAUUCGUUUUAAUGGAGGUGUUUACUUGUUGUUUUAAAUAAUCGGAUUUAAGAUGGAAAGUAUUUUUAUUACACGUGGUUUGAAUUUGGAAUGUUUUGAAAACAUCACCCACCCUCUUUUUUAAUUGUGGUUUAUUUUUUUUUUUCUAAUUUUGGAUUAUUGUUGGUUUUGUUAAUAGAUUAGAAUGAGCGGGACUCUUAAAGAGGAAUUUAAGAAAAUAAAUGUAUAUUUUUUUUGAAAAUAAGUUUGUUGUCUACGAACGAAAUGUGUGAUUUUGGGAUUUUUCAUUAAGAAAACCUUUUAAAAUAUUAUUGGGAUUACAGAGUUAAUUGUAUAAAAAUAAUUUCUGGAAUUUUAUGUUAUUUAAUUGUUAAUUGAAACCCUUUAUUAAAAUUAAAAAAUAUAUACAAUAAAAAUAUACAUACAUAAUAUCCAGUUUCCUUGAACUAUGUAUAUUGGCCAUUUCCUUGACUUUCCGAUAUAUUGGCAAUUUUCAAGUCCCCAGCAUUGAGGUUAUGGAAAUAUUUUUAUUAUUUUUUUUUUAAUUUAAACCUAAGCCCGUUGAACGCAUCCAUUUCCAAUUUUGUAAUUUAUAAUGUAGUUUUAGAGUCCAACGAAAAAAGCUUUGUUUUAAAUUAAUUUUUAGAGAAAAUAACAUUUUGACUCCUUUUUUCACAACCCCAUAAAAUGCGUUUUUUUGCAAAAGUUGAAUAACUUAGAAUGUGUCUCUUUAAAAGACUUCAACAUUAAUGUAAUCAGAAUUUUAUUAGUUUAUUUAUUUUAAAAAAGUAAUUCGAGAAAUAUGUUGUUUUAUUAAUAACUCUAUUUUCUAGAAAACAAACUUUUUUCGCAGAUAAUAUUCCAAUGGUCUACCUUUGUUUGCAAAAGUUGAUUAAAUUCUGUUUAAUGGGCUUCAACAUAAAUGUAAUUCUCAAAUUCCAAUUUUCUACAUUUAUUUAUAUUAAAAAAAUUGUAGUCCCAUUUCAAUUUCUAUUAAUAAUACCAUUUUCUAUGAAACAAAUAGUUUUGGUAAAUAAUAUUCCAAAAUCUCACACUUUUAAGGAUCAAACGAUAUAUUGAAUAUUUGUAAAUCUUUGUAAAAAAUACAUAAUUCUUUAGUUAAUGUUUAAUUGCUUAUAUUAAAAUCUACAUGCAUUAAAUUUAAAUUAUUUAGGUUCUUUUUUAAUUUCUUCUCAUCAUAUAUAGGGUAUCACUAAAUGGAAGGAAAACGAAAAUUAAUUAACUUCGAAAUACUAUUAUUUUAAGUUUUUAAUGUAUUUUCUUACACAUUUUUGUGAAGACCCUGUUUUUUUCUUUUUUGUUAUAUUUUAUUUUUUAAAAUUUCCAUUAAGUUUUCUUUUUGAAGAUCUUUGGUUUUUUAUGAGAAAAAUUUUACAUUUACAAUAUUUUUCUUUUAAGAAACUAAAGAUCAAAUCUCCAUUUUUAUUAUUAAUUUUUUCUUGUUUAAUUUAUUUCCAAUUUUUGUAAUAAGGUUUUUGUAAUAUUUUACUCUUCAUAAUGUUUAAUAGAAAUUUAAAUUAAAUUUAAAUUAAUUCAAUGGUAAACCACAACUCCAACUCUUAUCUAAAAUUUUGUAAAAAUAGUAAAUUAAAAUAAAAGCUAAGCUUUCUUCAUUUUUUUCAAUAUAUAUAAAUAGAGUAUACAUUUUAUUUAAUGUUAAGCCUUUCAACAUUUUUGUAUUCUAUUCUUUUUUUUAAUUUUUGUUAACGUUAUAUCCCUAGAUUAUUUAAGUUUACAUUUUUUCAUUGUUUUAAGGCUUUAAAGAACAAUUUUAACUUCCUUACAAUUUAUGUUCAAUAUGGUUUUUCUUUUCGAAAAUAAUUAUUAAUUAUAUACUUUUUCCUUUUUUUUUUAUUAAAAAACACACAGAUACACACACAAAUCUUAAGUAUAAUCUAAGUAACAAAAACCUGAAUUAUUAUUUUUAUACAUAAAUAAAUAUUUAUAUCGUAACAAAGAAGAAAUAUAAUAAAUUAAAAAAACGAAAUUAUUAAAAUAACAAUAAAGCAAAAUAACGAAAAAAAAAACAAACAACCUGUGUAAUUAUCUAAACGACGAAUAAACAGCAACAAUAACAACAAAGAAACAAAUGAAUAUAGCAUAGGAAAGUAUCUAAACACUAGGAUCAAGGAUUAGUAAGAAUGAUACGAAAGCUAGCAUAGCGUAUAGUUAAAUCAAAGCAUAUCUCUUUUUUCUACAAAUGCAAAUACAAGAUAUAAAUAACAUUUGAGAAUUGCAAAACAUAAAAAAAGAAACAAAAACCAACAAUGAAUGUCAAAAAUUAACAUUCAAACCCCUAAUUUAUAACAGUUUUUUCUGUAUGAAUAGCUUCAUUUUUGUAAAGCUUUAAUUGUUAUAAAAAUACAAGAAAACACGAAUGGAAACUCAAUUUUGCUAUGGUUUCAAAAUGCUUCACGAACUCCGAACUCAAGCGGUGUGAUUGUCAUCACAUAUUCACCGCAUAUUGAAAUUAUUAUAUUCUUAUUAAAUAAUCUCUCUGUGUAAAAUCAAUGUGUGUUUAUUUAUGUUAGUUACGGCACAGUGUUGCAAUAAAAAAAAUCAAGAUUAUACUUUCAAUGUGACUGAGGAUUUUUUUCGGGUCUUUCAAAAUACUUUGUAACAAACUCUUGAACAUAUUAUUUUUUUAACUAGUUUUUUUUAAAUUUUGAUAUUUCUCGUCCUGAUUUGCCAGAAGUUUACUUCGAACCUUAUCACAUUGAUGACAUACCUUGAAUGUUGUGGCACUGUAUAAAUGUUCUUAAUUUUUUCAUUACAUCAAUUUGUUUUCUUCCCACCAACCAAUCAUCUCCUCCUCACCCAAGAAACCUUAAAAUUCAAAAAGAAUUAAAAAAAACAAAUAUUUAUAUACAAACUUUAAUUUACCAUGAAUCAAAUUUCUGACUUACCCCCAAAAAAAAAAAUCAAAAAAAAAAACUUUUUGCUAAUUGUGUAUUUUGUAAAACAAGUAUAUUUUUCGUAAUGGAAACUAAAUGAAAUUUAUUAUACAAAAAAAAAUAUGAAUACAAAUUUUGUGGUUCAUAAUUUAAUUAUGCGCAAAGUAUACCAACAAAUAAAUACAAAUUUAAUAGAAUUAAAUAAAUAAAAAAUAACUACCCACAUGACACAUACACACUCAUACACACAGACAUAAAUUGCACACGUAAGGAUAUGAAUCCAUAAAUGGCUUAUUAAUUUAAUAAUUAAAUAAAGAAAACAAAAACAUAAAAAAAUCAAAAUAGAUGAAAAAGUAUUUAAAAUUAAAUCCCAUAAUAUUAAAAAAA